AUAUCGCAUAAUUUCCCUGUUUGAAUAUGUCAAAACUAUUUAAACGAUCAUGGUCCAACGAAAUUGGGUCACUGUAUGUCUGAUCACAAAUUCAUCGAAAUAUUUGUAUGAGAUAUACCCGAAUACAUUAAUUAGAAAUGUCGCUCCCCACUCCAGAAGAGAAAAUUGCAAUCCAAAAAUUCAGGGGUCGAGUGGAGGACGUUCUGACUCCAGAGUUGCAGAAAGAUGACUGGUUCCUCCUUCGAUGGCUUCGAGCACGCGAACUCAACUUGGACAAGGCAGAAGCCAUGCUGAGAAAUUCGAUGAAGUGGCGAGCAGAAAAUAAAGUGGACCUAACCCUCUCUCGCCCAGUGGACUCUUACUUUUCCUCCAACUACCCCUUCGACAUCUCCGGCAGGGAUAAGGAGGGGCGUGUCCUGAUGGUCCUUCCGCUUGGGAAGUGGGACGCCCGGAUGGCAGUUGACGACGGGAAGGUGGAGCUCCUCGUGGGCUACAUCAACUUUUUCUUCGAAAGCAUUGCGAAGGGGAUCAAGGAAAGCUCGGUGUCCGCGGGACGCCCAGCCUCCCACCCGCACACCCAAUUCACAUGCCUCGUCGACUGGGAUGGCUACUCCUUCAAGCAGUUCACCAAUAUCAAGGCUGCUCAAACUGUAAUAAAAAUGGGAGCAGUGUACGAAGCACAUUAUCCGGAAAUCUUGGCCCAGUGUAUUUUCAUCAACACGACCUCCGUUUUCCAACUUUUGUGGGCACUGAUGCGCAAAGUUCUGGCGGAGCGAACCGUGAGCAAGAUUCAGGUGUUUGGGACGAACCGAAAGGAGUGGGAGCCGGCGAUACUCAAAAUCGUGGAUCGUGACCAGAUCAAGACCGAGUUGCGAGAAGGGGCGCAAAUCUCGGAGGAUGAGCUGAAGAAAAUUAAGGAAGCCAAGGGGAUCAGUGAGGAUGACAUUAGUGCUCUCAUCAUCCAAAAAUGAGAGAUGAUUAAUUAGCAUAGUAUUCACGAAAUCACAUUACAUACAUAAUACUUGCUUUUAUUGAACAUGUUUACAUGGAAUAAAUUAGAGGUAGACCGAA